ACUGAGUGUGAGUUUGCCCGACUGUGGAGGUACAAAGGUGAACUCCAGCUCCUCGGCUGUCUCUCUCUGUGUGCCACUUGUUUGAAUCCAGAGUAAAAUAAGAAAACAAAGGGAAGGUAUUGAAAAAGCAGGCAACUUUACCAAGGUGCAUUUGGGACACACAUAGAUUCUAACAGCUUCCACAGACAUGCUAUGCAAAGAGAUAUUACCUAACCUUGGGAACCACUAAAAGUAAAUAUUAAAGUUACGAGACCAUUGCCUGAACACGGUCCUUCAGAGGAUGAAGAGCAUUCUGGAAGAAGAAAACCACUUUUAUUAAGAACUUCAUCAGACAACGGUUUUCCAGGAUGAUUUUGUUAUACCAAGUGAUACCUUUUGUUUUAUCUGCCUCGGUUUCCGGUGAAUGUGUGACUCAGCUGUUCACAGACACCAGCUUCCAGGGAGGCAACGUGGCCGCUGUGUUCACGCCCAGCGCCGAGCACUGCCAGGUGGUCUGCACCCAUCACCCGAGGUGCUUGCUGUUCACUUUUGUGGCUGAAUCGGCAUCUCAGGAUCCUGCUAAAUGGUUUACUUGCACCCUGAAAGACAGCGUUACAGAAACACUGCCAAGAAUAAAUAUGACGGGAGCGGUUUCAGGAUACUCUUUCAAGCAAUGCUCACACCACAUAAGUGCUUGCAACAAAGAAGUUUACGAGGGCCUGGACAUGAAGGGCGUGAACUACAACAGCUCCGUCGCCCAGGGCGCGCACGAGUGCCAGGAGCGGUGCACGAACGACGUGCACUGUCACUUUUUCACCUACGCCACGCGGCGGUUCCCCAGCGCGGCGCAUCGUAACAUUUGUCUGUUGAAGCACACCCACACGGGGACGCCAACCAGGAUAGCGAAGCUCAAGGACGUGGUGUCUGGAUUUUCCCUGAAACCCUGCGCGCUUUCUAAACUGGCCUGCGUGCGCGACGUGUUCCCCAGCACCGCGUUUGCUGAUGACAACAUCGACAGCGUCCGGGCUCCCGACCCCUUUGUCUGUCGCAACAUUUGCACUCACCAUCCCAAUUGUUUGUUUUUUACCUUCCUUUCCCAGGCGUGGCCGAAGGAAUCCGAAAGAAACCUGUGUCUCCUGAAAACAUCGAAAAGCGGUAUACCGAGUACUCGCUUUAAAAAGAACAACGCUCUUUCGGGGUUCAGUCUGCGAACGUGCAGACACAGCGUCCCAGUGCUCUGCCAUACUUCGUUUUACCCAAACACCGACUUCUUGGGAGAAGAACUGGACAUUGUGGGCGUGAAAGGGCACGAAGCCUGCCAGAACGCGUGUACCAACACCAUCCGCUGCCAAUUCUUUACCUAUUCUCCAUCUCCAGAGUCUUGCCACGGAGGCCUGGGGCGCUGUUACUUAAAACUUUCUUCAAACGGGUCUCCAACUAGAAUACUGCACGGGAGAGGAGGCAUCUCUGGAUAUACGUUACGGUUAUGUAAGAUGGAUAAUGCGUGCACAACCAAAAUCAAGCCCAGAAUUGUGGGAGGAACGGCGUCUGUCCGCGGCGAGUGGCCGUGGCAGGUCACGCUGCACAUCACCUCCCCCGUCCAGAGACACCUGUGUGGGGGCUCCAUCAUCGGAAACCGGUGGAUACUAACAGCGGCUCAUUGUCUCAGCGGGAUAGAGUCCCCUAAAAUGUUGCGUGUCUAUGGUGGCAUUUUAAAUCAGUCGGAAAUAAAAGAGGAUACCGCUUUCUUGGGAGUUCAAGAAAUAAUCAUUCAUGACCAGUACGAAACGGCAGAGAGUGGCUAUGACAUUGGCUUGCUGAGACUGCACACAGCAAUGAACUACACGGAUUUUCAACGACCCAUAUGCCUGCCGUCCAAAGGAGACAGGGACGUCAUGUACACUGACUGCUGGGCGACCGGAUGGGGCUACAGGAAAUUCAGAGACAAAAUACAAAAUACUCUCCAGAAAGUCAAGAUCCCCUUGGUGACCAACGAAGAAUGCCAGGCGCGCUACGCAAGACACAGAAUAACCAACAAGAUGAUCUGCGCGGGCCACCACGACGGGGGGAAGGACGCUUGCAAGGGAGACUCGGGAGGCCCCCUGUCCUGCAAACACAACGAGGUCUGGCAUCUGGUGGGCAUCACGAGUUGGGGCGACGGCUGUGCUCAGAGGGGGCGCCCCGGCGUCUACACCAACGUCGUCGAGCACGUGGACUGGAUUUUGGACAAAACUCAGGCAGCGUGAACGCGUUCCCAGGGGCCGCUUGGCUCCGCGGAGGGCAAGCCAGGCCGCUCCCCGGAAGACAGUUUCGCCUACCCCGAAGACGACGCGGGAUCCCCAUUUUCCUGCACAGGGGACCGUCCUGUGCCAGUAACAAAUGGAAGAGGCUUGGCGUUUGUAAGAACACACACAAGAAAACAAACAGUCCUUUUCAAAAGUCCCUGUCCCGUGGCGAUCACGGUCUGUUUUCAGCCUCUUCCUGUUCGAUCAGUCUUCUGCCGAGACAAAGGAACAGCAUAAGGCGACAGUUUUGAAGAUGAAAAAUGUAGCCGGAUAGACCCGCAAAGAAUCGAGUAGCGGCACCGAAGGGUGACAGCUUCUAGUGCAGAGUCUGGACGUCCUGUCUGUUGAAAUGAAGUAGGUGUUCCGUGAGCCACUUCUGAAGCAUUUCCAGGCAGGGUGUGACCCUAGAGAUAAUCGUUUUACGUCAUUAUCAUUUAAUUCUAUGCAAUGAGAGUUGACGUGGACAUUCCAGAACUAAGUGAACAGCUUGUUACAAGGACAUUAUAGACCUAAAGAUCUGGAAGCCCAGCCAUCAGUGAUUAAUAUUAUUAAUAAUAGCAGUCACCUCAUUUUGAUUAACAAGAAGAAGAAAAAGAACACAAGAAGGUCACAACAUCGAUCCCUUACCCCAGGCCUGCUGUUGCUGCCCGCCCUACUGUGCGCUUUGCUCCUUCUUACGCCUCUCACCCCCUGGUUACACCAUAUAAGAUAAGGUACGAUCUCCCCCAUUAUAACCAUAGAAUGCUGAUUUUUUAGAGGAGAAAGAAACAUUCGUUUGUACAUAUUUUCAACUCAGUUCUCCAUUUCCCCACAAGAUGGCACUUUUAACCUCUUUUUGCUACAUUUUAUACUAUAGCAUCUGGCCGGGAUGCACUUAAUUUUUCACGUGUUUAAACAAAUUCAAGUGUGUAUAGCAUCUGUAAACGUGACAUCAACUCCACGGCUUCCAUUCCAAGUUGCUUUACUUUUCAAGCGUGACCGUCGUUGGUAUCUAGUCCCGAGCGUGUUGCUCUUCCUUCAAACCCUGCGCUCCACAGCGCCCGGCUUUGGGGCGUCACUUCCCUUUGGUGACUAACCAUUGAGAACCCCAGGAGUGGGCGCACAGUGGGUGGUGUGUGCCAAGGCGACCUCCCCAAACACCUGUAGGACUGCAGGGGGAGGGCUUACCUGUGUGCCACUGGCCCAUCCCUGUGGCCACUUGCCACCUCGCUGAGUCCUGUGGCACAGGGCUACUGCUUGCCACGUCUCUGUGGUUUCCCCCAAGCUGCUGCAGCCCUCCCCUCCUGUUUGCCACCCCCAACCUCCUGGCCUCUUCCUGGCCCCAUGCCUGCCCAGCUGGGCAUGUGAACAGAACCCUCUCUCUCCAUCCCUCAGAAUGUUGUUAAGAUCAUGUGGCAAUAUGUGAAAGCUUGUUUUUUGAAUACCGAAGGCUUGUGAUAACAGAAAAAAAUACAGUCCCACUCUAUGCACACACACACACACACACACACACACACAGGUGGGAUUUGGAUACACUCACUCGGACACGUCAGGAUCGAGUUCCUCUGUAGAGGGUCCCUCGCUGGCUAUGUGAGCCCCUGACCCCUGGCUUGCAGGAACCAGCUGGAGCAUUCUCCAACCACAGGUCCCACAGGGGCAAAGUCAGGUUUAAUGGGGCCAAAACUUGUACUACUCCGUGACCUCGACGCAGAAAGCCUCUUAGAGGCAAAACCUUGGUCAGUUUACUUGGUUUGUCCCUUCACGUGGUGAGAGAAAAGGCCUGAGGUACGAGUUUGUCCUGACUGGUGGACAGCGUUGAAUGAGCUGGCCACGGAGCUAGGGACCUGGGGGACAAAAAUGAAAUGAUGCUGGUGGGAAGAAAACUCUGGGGAAGGCGGACCUGGGUACAAGACUUCAGAGGGUGAUGCAAAAUCGUCAUAGCUUCCAAGCCUGCCCACGAGAGGGCGCAGCUGUCCCAUGAACUGAAUACCAACUCUAGACUCCGCAGAGUUUAGAGAAACAAACUGCUUGAACCCUUCAAGUGUCAUUCCCCUCUCAAUCCUUAUGCUCCUCCCAUUUUCAGCCCUCCUGUUUUCCAGUUUUACUGGAGUCCAGUCUCAGCUCAAGCUCCCUAUGGCAAAAUUACAAUUCAACCCCGCUGGGCAGACAGAUUCGGGUGCGGUGGGAUACGGGGAAGGGGCGGAUGCUACCUAUCUCCAUCCGACUCCCACGAAGCUCACCUGGAGACGUCUGCCAGACGUCAUCUGGGCAGUGCAGGGACCGGCUGGAAACGCCGCCCCCCACCCCCAGUCCCACCCUUACACCAUGAAGCUAAAAUCGCCUUCUCAGGAAUUAAAAAAAACAAACAAACCUUCAGAAAGUGGGUUCAGAUGUUGACUCUGGAAAGAGGUGCCUGAUGGGCAGAUUUUUUUUUCUGAGAGCCACAGAAUAUGAGGGAAAAGAAAUAAAGACUUAGGAAGUCAUACUUCAAAUUAAGCAUUGAACUGUUUAUCUAAGGAAGAGAGCGCAGUCCCUCUUAGAAUCCAGAGCAGACUCGUACACAGAAGUGUUAUUUGGGGAUGAAUCUCAGUUCAAGAGUUCCUCUUAAACUUACUCCAAGUCAUUGUUGCAGAAGACUCAAGAUGCAAACUAUCAAGAAUAUUUAGCCUUGGCUGGUGUGGCUCAGUGGAUUGAGUGCCGCCUGCGAACCAGAGGGUCACUGGUCGGAUUCCUAAUCCAGGCACAGGCCUGCGUUGCAGGUCAGGUCCCCAGUAGGGAGCGUGCAAGAGGCAACCACACACUGAUGUUUCUCUCCCUCCCUUUCUCCCUUCCCUCCUCCCUUCUUUCCUCUCUCUACAAAAAUAAAAUGAAUAAAAUCUUUAAAAAAAGAAUAUUCAAAACUACCAGAAAUGAACUAAUGGAAUUAACUGUCUUACCCAUUAUCCAGUUCAUCCAAGAAUAAUUAUUACAAUUGAUUUUAAGGCCUGUAACUGCCAUAUUUUACUACUGAAUGUAAGAGAUGGGAAAGAAACUUUUAAAAUAUAAUUGGUAAUUUUAUAAGUGAGAAUUGUUAAAUGGAGAAGAACUUAUUGAAAAUGUUACUGUAUUUCAGAUAAUUCAGAUAUUUGUUUUAAAAAGUGGACGAAUCUAAAUUUAGCUGAUUCACAAACUUUAAAAUAAAUGUCAGAUUUUUAAAAGAUGCUACUGUAGGCCUCAAAGAAUAGUUAUCUUUCUGUCAACGAAUCUGGUCAUACAAAAUUUCUGUUAAAUAUUUUAUUACGUGCUUAGAUGCUGAAAAUCUUCCUUUUAACUAACAGAAGCUUUUGGCUUAGUUCAUAUUCAAAUUACCAACAGUAGUUAUUUAACAGAAUUUUAAGCGUUUAAGAAUUUGUUAAUAGUAUUUUAUGAAUGUCUUGAAGAAAAUGUAUAAAACACAUCACAACACAGACGUUAGAAUAAAAAGCACCCAUGGUCCAA